AUGACGGCACAAACGGUCAAAUUGGAAGAAGACAACUUGAAUGUGGCUGCUCAUAUUAUGAGGGAAGGCGGCUGUGUAACGAGUGGAAGUCUUCGUUAUGUUCGCCGUAUUCGAUUGUCGGCAGGCGCGCCGGGACGCUCACGCACGAGUCGGCAUGUAUCUGGCCUCCUCUUUGAGUAUCACAAUAGCGAGCGUGACAGCAUUGUCGGCCAGUGGUUCGAAGAGAUUGACUCGAUGGAAUUGGGCAAUGGAGAUUAUGUUGUCCACAUCCGAGUCUGGUACACACAGGAGGCUCACCCUCAGAAUACGCUGAGAGAGAAUAACGGCAAAGUGGUCGGUAUCACGCUCUCGACGUUGAGAGGGGUUUCCAAACAAAAACUACUCGAAGAGCCCAAGGAUCUACUAUGUCUCGAUUACUACGCGAAUCCUUUGGAGGAAAUGUCCGGCCUCGUGUGGAGUUUCAACUAUUCCUUUGAUCACGUCCAGGUCAUCCGGCAAACGGCGCCAUUGACCCGGCCUCUCCAAUUUGAUAAUACCCAUCCAAUGGAACCCCGAGAAUCUCAUGACCUCAGACGCUUCCUCUGGGCGGAACACGAUGCAAACGGCAAGAAGGUGCUGGUGUCUACAAUCGAGGCGUUCUUCUAUGCGGAGCAGUUGACAGGGCUAAAGUUCAUUUAUGGCAACUUUGAGCGGUCUAUGGGUUCUCUCAAUGGCGAACGUGUAGCUAUUCACUUGGCUGCCCUUGAAGUUAUUGUGGCAAUUGACGUUUGCGUUAGUGCUUGGUCCGGUCCCAGGGGGGACGUCUUAGUGUUCCAUACGAACAAGCGCAAGAACCUGUUCAUGCAUCACUCGAGCACCGAAAUGGAAGGAGGCCAACCACGACACUUCACGAGAUUUAUAACGGGCAGGUCGAGCGCGGAGCUACCUCCCAACCUCAGCGACCAUUCCAGUAGCCUGGUUAGUGUAGUUCACGAAACCGAAGCGGAUUUGCAGGAGUGUGUGGGUAUCUGGGCCAUGCCCGCGACGUUUCCUCGCGCGCGCCCGGAGGUUCACCAUAUUGGGCCUAUCUACAUUUAG